GCCACGAAGUGGACAACUAGGCUCCGAUGACACGUUAAGAACUGAAAAAUAAUGGAUUAUCAUGUUAAGCCGAAAUAAAAAGAUGCACUCUAGUCUGUCAGGCUCCUUGUAACGCGGCGAUGCGCAGCGGCAGGUGAUGUGGAUGCUGACGCGUCGGGGCUCAACUGGUCUCCAAGUGGCGCUUAGGACCCGUGGAAGAACUUUUGCACGAUUGGCUUUCAGUAAGAUUCGGAAUCAUGGAGUUGAGGGACUAUCCAAAAAGUCUCUAUGACAAUUUCAGUAUUAGUUUCUAUUUAGGCAUUUAUUGUUUAUUAAACACAGCUGUGCCAAUUAACAAAUGGGUCGUUUUAAAGCGCUAAUCUAGUAUUGUAUAUUGCAGUACGUUUUAAAACUUUUCUAGGACAUUUAGUGACAACACUUGUUCUUAUCGAGUUAAUCCGGAUCCCGUUGGCUCGUAUGGGACUGAGGCACUCAUCGCGGUGCCUGCUCCUGCGGAGAAAGAUGGCGGAGGCGGAGAGCUCGGAGCAGCGCCAGCAUCAGCAGCAACGUAUUUCCAAUGCCCCCUCGUCCCAGUCCUUGCAACCAUCUCCACUACCAAAGCCAGUGAUGUCCGUUCAUCAUGUUCCUCACCCCCCACACACGCCACACGUCUCCUCACUUUCUGUCUGUCCGGGCCGAGGCAAGAUGGCCAAGCUACUCAACCCGGAGGAGAUGACAUCACGAGACUACUACUUUGACUCCUAUGCCCACUUUGGAAUUCAUGAGGAAAUGCUAAAGGAUGAGGUGAGGACGCUGACCUAUAGGAACUCCAUGUACCACAACAAACACAUCUUUAAAGAUAAGAUAGUUCUAGAUGUGGGCAGCGGAACCGGAAUCCUCUCCAUGUUUGCUGCCAAGGCAGGAGCCAAGCAUGUAUAUGGGAUUGAAUGUUCCAGUAUAUCAGAGUAUUCAGAGAAAAUCAUCAAGUCAAAUCACCUGGACAAUGUUAUCACCAUCAUUAAAGGGAAGGUGGAGGAGACUGAACUGCCGGUGGAUCAGGUGGACAUCAUUAUUUCAGAGUGGAUGGGCUACUGUCUUUUCUACGAGUCUAUGCUCAAUACUGUCAUCUACGCCAGGGACAAAUGGCUGAAACCUGGUGGUUUCAUGUUUCCAGACAGAGCGACAUUGUAUGUGGUUGCCAUUGAGGAUCGGCAAUACAAAGACUUCAAAAUCCAUUGGUGGGAGAACGUCUAUGGUUUUGACAUGACGUGCAUUCGGAACGUUGCUAUGAUGGAGCCCCUGGUGGACAUAGUAGAUCCUAAACAAGUCGUGACCAACUCCUGCCUCAUUAAGGAGGUGGAUAUCUACACGGUGAAGCCGGAGGAUCUGACGUUCACCUCGGCCUUCUGCCUGCAGAUUCAGAGGAAUGACUAUGUUCACGCUCUCGUCACGUACUUCAACAUUGAGUUCACCAAGUGUCACAAGAAAACAGGCUUCUCUACAGCCCCCGACGCUCCCAGCACUCACUGGAAGCAGACAGUGUUUUAUCUGGAGGAUUACUUGACGGUGCGGAGAGGAGAGGAGAUCCUGGGCAGCAUCAUCGUGAAGCCCAAUGAGAAUAACGAGGUGAGGCUGUAAAUGGAGGUGGUGAGAAGUCUAACAUUUAAAACAGU